GCAAGAUCUCGCCGCAAUGAUGGGAGAGAUCGAGCGGCUUAGUCGCUUCGGGAGAUGGAGCCAAACCUGCAGAGGGGGAAAGCAAAUGCUUAUUCGAGAAUUAUAUAAAGUGACUAAAUUCCCCUUGUAGUUCUGUCGAGGAUCUUCCACCACGUUCCCACCUCUCUCAAGCAAAAGUAUAAAUAGCCGCAUUCGAAGCCGAUGAAACUGCUCUGCUCCAUUUUUGUUGGCAUCGCAGCAAUUGUCUUUACUACUCUCAAGUUCAAUCCAGACUUGAACAUCCGUGUCGACUUUGACCUUCUAAAAGACUUCACUUCGCGACUACAGACCUACUACACUACGACACCUACAAAGGAACCCAUUCCACCAAUUACUCCUAGCGACCCUAUCACCCUCAGAAUGUCCGUGCCCCGCACAAUCCGCACUGCCUUCCUCGCAAUCGAGCAAGCCGAAGGCGCAGGCGCGCGCGUCCGCCGCUCAAUUGGCACUGCUAAGCUCCGCAAUUUCUCGCCCUUCCUCAUGCUCGACCACUUCAGCAUUGGCAAGGGCGCCGGCUUCCCGGACCACCCCCACCGCGGGCAAGAAACGAUCACCUACCUGCUCUCCGGCGGCGUCGACCAUGAAGAUUUCGCAGGGAACAAGGGAACCAUUGGGCCCGGCGACCUGCAGUUCAUGACGGCCGGCAAGGGGAUAAUGCACGCGGAAAUGCCGCACGAGAACCCAGACGGUAGUCCCAAUGUCGGCAUGCAGCUGUGGGUUGAUCUACCCAAGACGCUGAAGAUGUGCGAGCCGCGGUACCGUGAUCUGAGGGCUAGUGAAAUCCCCGUUGCAAGUGUCGACCAGGGCCGUGUCACCGUUAAAGUUAUUUCGGGCCAGAGUCAUGGUGUGGACUCCGUUCGGGAUUUGGCAUAUACCCCUGUUUGGCUCCUCGAUAUGACUAUCAAGCCUGGCGGCCGGAUCUCCCAAGUACUUCCAGUUGGGUGGAAUGCGUUUGCUUAUACGUUAUCGGGCAACACAGUGUUUGGAUCGCGGGACUCGACGCAGUUGGUGAAGCAGUUCCAUAAUGUUGUUUUCGACCAGGCGGGAGAUUAUGUCGAGGCCUCGGUGCCGGAUAAUGCCCAGGAGGAGUCGAGGUUCAUUCUUGUUGCUGGACAGCCGCUGGACCAGAAGGUUGUGCAGUAUGGACCGUUUGUCUUGACGAGUCAGGAGGAGGUCUACCAAGCUAUGCUUGAUUUCCAGACUGGUGCAAAUGGAUUCGAGAGAGUCCGUGGAUGGGAGAGCGAGAUUGGGAAGCGAAUGAAAGGUUUCUAGUCUCCGUUUUCUUAUCUAAUCAUUAUAGUUACAAUGCCGAUGAUUGUUUGUAUAUAGAUACUCCUUAUGGCGUUAGCUUUAGCUUUGGAUUUUGUAUAAAAUGUUCAAUACAGGUUAUGAAGCUUUCUUUCAGAUCUAACGGGGGCCUUCCAUUCGUAGAUCAUUCUUUGAUUAGUAGAUAAUACAAGAAAUUCCACAUUGCAGUGCGC